CCGGUUGAUGAAUUAAUCUCACGGUUUAUUCGAUCUAAUGAAUGUAACCAUUCACACCACGGAGAUUUCUGGAUCAUUCGUCGCUGCUGUCCAUCACGAAGCCCAGUGCCGGCAGUUGGCUGAUGAAAUUUAUCUCGGACUUGCUCGAACGAGAUAUCGGAGGUCCGCCGGAGUCUAAUUAAUUCCCCACACUAGGCCGUACCCACACACGGUUGUCAUGUCGAGCCAUCUCUAGGGGCUCUCCUUUCAGAAAAUGGAAAUCAUCUCUGGACCAGGAGCGGCUGGAUCUGGGCUAUAAAAGUGAACGAAUGCUCUUCGGUUGCUAUCAAAGUUAGUUCUAAACCUGUGUUCAAAAGGUUGUUGCAUUAGUCGCUAGAACAGUUCCGCACCUGCCAAAGAUGAAGUGUUUUGUCGCUUUACUGAUUGCUGCCUUAUCACUGAUCGCCGAAGGAUCAGUUAUUCCGUUGAUACUGCCAGCGGGAAUUCCGUAUCCGCUUCCAGCAGCACUUGCCAUCCCAGAAGCGACGGUAAUUCAGUCGAAUCCAGCACCGGCCGCAGUUGUGGUACCAGGAUUACCCGGUCCGGUUACGAUUGACGCUUCUGGAAUUCCUGUUGUUCUAGCUCCAGCUCCGGCCGUGGCCGCCGUGGCGCCCGCUCCGGGUGCUGCGACAUCGGUGUCCGCGACCCGCGGAGCCGUUCAUGUUGCACCCCUACCAGGACAUUCUGUUUCCCAGCAGCAACUGAAUCUGGCACCCGCUCCCGGAUCGGAGUGAUUCCAGCUCGGACCAAUAAGUCUCAAGAAUGUUUUCCUACAACGGCAACCGGCCAACGGACGCUUAAUACUGCUACGGCGAUAGAAUCUUGUUCUUGCAGCGAUCGGAGAUUAUGUCCCGAGCGGAACAAUCCCUUUUUUGACAGUUUGGUUUACGCUUGAAAUAGUGCGGCUUUUUGAAUAAAUUAUGAGCAGUGAAUGUGAAAAAACACAAAA